AUGUCAGCAAGUACUUUGUUUUUGAAUGGCCGUAUUUUCGCCACGGCCACGGCUGGACCGCACGAUGGCCCAAAUUUCGUGGACAGUAUGCUGGUCGAGAACGGCGAAAUCACCGCCAUGGGAUCAUACGAUGAGAUCACCGCUUCCAAGAGUAUCUCAGAUAUGCAGACCCGCGACCUAAAGCAGCAGACUGUUCUACCAGGCUUCAUCGACGGCCAUAUGCAUCUACUGCUUCUGGGCCAAUCGUUACGCAAGCUCGAACUCAAGCACUGCAAAUCUCUGGAGGAAAUCAAGACAACCAUCAAGGAAUACGCUCUUGCGCACCCGGAUGCACCAAGUAUUCAAUGCAAAAAUUGGAUGCAUGUCAUGACACCAAACGGUGUCACGGCUGCCAUGCUCGACGGUAUUGACCCUCGACCAAUCUUUAUUGAUGCAAGCUUACAGCAUUCAUGCUGGUGCAACAGUGCAGCUUUGAAGGAGCUGGGUGUCGCCGAUAUGCCUGACCCGGCGGGGGGCACUAUCUAUCGCGACGCUGACGGGACUCCAUCUGGUCUUAUUGACGAAGGGGCCAUGAUGUCUAUCAUCUGGCCAUAUCAAGCCGCUUCUGCUUCGAAAGAAGAGCGCAUCCAAGCUAUUCGUGCAGCUAUUCAAGAGUAUAACUCUGCAGGGUAUACUGGUAUAGUGGAGAUGGCCAUGGAUGAAGAAGCAUGGGAUGCGCUUGUUACUCUACGAAGGAUGGACCCAGAUCUUCCAUUGCGAAUCGCCGCAUACUGGCUGAUUAAGCCUACAGCAAACCUUGAGGCGAACUUCCGUCAAGUUCAGAGGGCAACUGAGUUAUCGAAAGUUUACAAUGCUGAAACGAGCCCUGAUCUCCGUAUCGUCGGGAUCAAAGUCAUCUGUGAUGGGAUUAUUGAUGCCUGUACGGCUUAUCUCUCACAGCCAUACGCUCCUGUCAGCUCUCCGCCGCCAAUCUGGGCUCCGGAGCACCUUCACCCGGUCGUAAAAGAGGCAGACGCCGGGGGCUUGCAGGUUGCGCUCCAUGCCAUUGGUGAUGGGGCUAUCAAGAUGGCCAUUGAUGCAAUUGAGAAGAAUGCCACUCCCGGUCGUCGGCAUCGCGUUCAGCACAUCGAGCUUGCAUCACCAGAGGAUGCCAAAAGACUCGGUGAAUUAGGCUUAACGGCCUCCAUUCAGCCAGUGCAUGCCGACCCAUCUAUUCUGAUAGAAUGGCCAAGAUUGUUGGGGGAGAAUCGGUGUCAACGAGCCUUUGCGUAUCGAGAAUUUGCCGAUGCUGGGGCACUGAUGGCCAUUGGAAGCGAUAGCCCAACCUCACCAUAUGCGCCUAUGCAUAAUCUCUAUGUUUCUACGACGCGACGUUCCUCAAGAGACCCUCAGUACACAAAGGUUGUGAAUGAACACUUCCGAUUGGGCAUGUAUGAAUCUAUGGUUGCAGCAUCAGGUGGUGCAGCAACGAGUGUCUUUUCGGAGAAGCGAACUGGCAGCUUGACGGUUGGAAAACUGGCAGAUUUUGUCGUCGUGGACAUGGAAUGGGAUGCAGAGGCUUUACUCCAGGCAGAGAUUAGGGAAACGUGGUUUGGUGGACGCAAGGUCUGGGGUGAGUAG